GCCAAGGGCAGCCAGGAACUGCUGUGCAGGAAGAGAAGCUGCCCUCGCGAUAAGGGCUGUGCGGCUGGCAGGGAGCGGGUUCUCAGGCUCCUGGGUGCCACGGACACUCAAGAGAGCCAUGAAGAGCAGUAGGCCAUGAAGGACUACUCUGAAGUCAUCGUCUGCCUGGAGGCAGCCGAACUGAGCAAGACUGAGUUCUGCAAUCCGGCUUUUGAGCCUGAAGCUGAGCAGCCCUGCCAUUCACCUGCCUUCCAGGAGGACACCCCCCACAGUGGCCCAGCUCCCUGGCCUGGCCGGCACCCUGGCAGGCUGCAGCCCGACUGCCGCUUCUCCUGGCUCUGCGUGCUCCUGCUCGCUGGCCUGCUGCUCCUGCUGCUUGGGCUGCUGGUGGCCAUCAUCCUGGCGCAAUUGCAGGCCGCACCCCCGUCCAGUGCCACCUAUGGCCCUCUGCCUGCCCGGGGCCUCCCCACCACUGCCUCUGUUACCACUACUCUCACCACUACUACCAUGGCCCCUUGGGCACUUGGGACUCCUGGCCGGCUGCGGGAGGAGGGCAUGAGUCCCAUGACCCAGUCCGCUUGUGGGGGCCUCCUUCCUGGUCCCAGGGGCUUCUUCAGCAGCCCCAACUAUCCAGACCCUUACCCUCCCCAUGCCCACUGUGUGUGGCACAUCCAGGUGGCCACAGACCACACGAUACAGCUCAAGAUUGAAGCUCUCAGCAUGGAGAGUGUGGCCUCUUGUCUCUUCGAUCGCUUGGAAAUCUCUCCGGAGCCAGAAGGCCCCCUCCUCAGGGUGUGUGGGAAGGUGGCUCCUCCCACACUCAACACCAAUACCAGCCGCCUCCGGGUGGCCUUCGUCUCCGAUGGCAGUGUGGAAGGGUCUGGUUUCCAGGCCUGGUACCAGGCUGUGACCCCCGGGCAUGGGAGCUGUGCCCAUGACGAGUUCUUCUGCGACCAGCUCAUCUGCCUGCUCACUGACUCAGUGUGUGACGGCUUUGCCAACUGUGUUGAUGGUAGUGAUGAAGCCAACUGCAGUGCCAAGAGCUGGGGGUGUGGGGGGAACGUAACGGGGCUCCAGGGCACGUUCUCUGCUCCCAGCUACCUGCAGCAGUACCCUCACCACCAGCUCUGCACCUGGCAUAUCUCGGUGCCCACAGGACACGGCAUUGAGCUACAGUUCCACAAUUUCAGUCUGGAGGCCCAGGACGAGUGCAAGCUGGCAUAUGUGGAGGUGUAUGAGACCCACAGCUCGGGGGCCCUCAGCCUCCUGGGCAGGUUCUGUGGGGCGGAGCCACCGCCCCGUCUCGUCUCCUCGCACCAUGAGCUGGCCGUGCUGCUGAGAACCGACCGUGGCAUCAGCAGUGGGGGCUUCUCAGCCACCUUCCGGGCCUUCAAUGCCACAGAGAACCCCUGUGGGCCCCGAGAGUUCUGCCAGGAUGGAGGAUGCAAGAGUCUGCAGUGGGUGUGUGACAUGUGGAGAGACUGCACAGAUGGCAGCCGUGACAACUGUACCAGUCCCCUCUUCCCAGCACCAGAGCUGGCCUGCGAGCCUGUGCAGGUGGAGAUGUGCCUGGGUCUGAGCUAUAACACCACAGCCUUCCCCAACAUUUGGGUGGGCAUGGCCACCCAGGAGGAGGUGGGAGAGGUUCUCCGAGGUUACAAGAGCCUGACCAGCCUACCCUGCUACCAGCACUUCCAGAGGCUGCUCUGUGGGCUGCUGGUGCCCCGCUGCACCUCGCUGGGCAGCGUUCUGCCCCCUUGCCGCUCUGUCUGCCAGGAGGCAGAGCGCCAAUGCCAGUCCGGCCUGGCCCUUCUGGGCAUCCCCUGGCCCUUCAAUUGCAACAGGCUGCCUGAGGCAGCUGGCAUGGCCACCUGCGCCCAUCCGUGACCCUGACACCGGCCCCUGUCCUGCACCUGCCCAGGGCUCCCUCACCUAUCAGGGCAGGCAGGCAGGGUGGGAAGGGGCACUAACCUGGGGGCUCCCAGGAGGGGGAAGGGGAAUCUGCAUCACCACCCCUCUCCUUCCCAGUCUCUCUCCCAGGCUCCAGACUGCCCCCAUCCUCCUUCCCCGUCCCUGACCUGGAUCUCUGUCCUUGGCCUUCCCCCUUACUGCCUGCCUUUUCAAGUUCUCUGUCACCCACGUUCCCACUUUUUCGCUAGUCAGACAAGACUGUGAGUGCCCACUGACGUGCCAGGCCCUGCUCUGACCCCAGGGUGGGGGUGGAGGUGGGAUAGUAGAUGUCUGCC